AUGAAGUUCUCUGGUGUCGUAUGGGUCUGUGGGGCUUUGGUCCUGGCAGCUGCGUCUAAAGAUGAGAAGAAGGACAAGAGGAGUCUGUCCCAUUCCGAUUUCUCGCACGAGUUUGGUGGAGGAGAUGGCAAAUUCGGGUCUGAAGAGGAGUGGAAGAGCUUUGGAGGCGGCGGUGGUGGAGGAGGUCACGAAGAGAUCAGUUUAGGUGGAGGACAUGAGUUUAGCUUCGGAGGAGGUCAUUUCGAGGGUGGAUUUAGCUUUGGUGGAGGAGGUGGUCAUGAAGAGUAUAGUUCUGGAGGAGGCGGAGGUCACGAGGAGUAUAGUUCUGGCGGUGGAGGAGGUCAUCAUCAUCACGAGAAGGUCGUGACGGUUGUUAAAGAGAUCAAAGUACCUUAUCCUGUUGAAAAGAAGAUCCCUGUACCGGUAGAGAAAAAGAUCCCGUACCCGGUUGAAGUCAAGGUACCACAACCGUACCCGGUGGAGAAGGAAAUCCACGUCCCUUACAAAGUGGAAGUUAAGGUACCUGUGGCGAUAGCCAAACCCUAUCCGGUGGAAAAGAUCGUCAAAUACCCGGUCCACGUGAACGUCGAUAAACCUUACCCCGUCGAGGUAAAGGUACUGCAACCUUACCCGGUAGAAAAGCAGGUACCUGUACCGUACGAAGUCAAGGUACCACAACCGUACCCAGUGGAAAAGGAAAUUCCCUAUCCCGUCAAAGUCCCAGUCCACAUCCCGAAACCGUACCCGGUCGAGAAGAUCGUCCAUUACGCUGUCAAAGUCCCGGUGGAUCGUCCUUUCCCCGUGCACGUCAUAAAACCCUACCCGGUCAAAGUCGAGAAGAAAAUCCACGUUCCAUACCCGGUGAUCAAACCGUACCCCGUCAAAGUCUACGUGGACAAACCUGUCCCAUACCCAGUCGAGAAGAAAAUCCCGUACCCCAUCAAAGUCCCGGUCCCGCAACCCUACCCAGUCAUCAAGAACAUCCCCGUGCACGUGUUCAAAGAGGUGCCAUACCCGGUCGAAGUUAAAGUCGACAAACCCGUCCCGUACGAAGUCAUCAAGCACGUCCCGUACACCGUCUACAAGAAGGUACCGCAUCCCGUCAAAGUCCCGAUAUACGUCCCGAUACACGAGCACAAAGAGAUCGAGCACGGCGGUUGGAAGGACGAAGAUUUCAAGUGGUAAAACCAUCUCAAUCAUGUUUGUAUUUAUUUCAUUUUUUGGCCACUUUCACGCAACUUUCCAACCUUCAUUACUUC